AUGGCGUGCCCACAUGCUAGGACUGGUCCUCUGUAUCCUCAAAAGCACGCAACCCAACGCCAACUUUCACAGCAACAGAGAAGUAAAUAUACGGUCGCACGUACUUCAAGGACCGAAACUUCGUCGCCAUCCUCCAUUAUACCUUCAGGGGAGCCAACCACAGAACCGGUAUGCUCGGACACAUCUUUCCGAAAAACUGGCCGCGCCGCAGGCAGGCCUAUCGGCGACCUGGUCGCGGGUCCAGUGCUACGUAAUUCUGACUAUGGAGAGCACGCGGCUGCGUUUUUAAGCGGCAACUUUCAGCCCAUCAUCUAUGAAACCAGUGCCGUUAUUGAAAUCAGUCACGGGGAAACGGGACAGUCGAGUUCCCUAAAAUCCGACCGGCAGCCUUUAGAUUUUAUUGGAAAUCUACCGGUCGACUUCCCUGGGGGCAAAUUCAUCUAUGUUGGACCGAAUCCGAAGUUCUCUCGAGAACACUACAAAGCAUGGGGGAAAGGCCCUGGUCAAGCACAGGCCAAAGAACAUACUUCGAGUGGUUGGCACCAUUGGUUUGAGGGCGAUGGCAUGAUAUACGCAGUAGACUUCGGUCGUCGUUACGAUGAGCGGGAGGUAGGAAAUUAUGGUCGCUUUGAUUUGCAAGAUAACGAAUCUGUGAGCAAGAGUGGUCCGGCUUCGCGAAAACUGACCUUUCGAAACAGAUAUGUACGUACAAAAAGCUGGCACGAUGAGCUUCGUCGUGGUAUGCGCCUGUUCCGACCUCUGAUGAAUGCGAGCGGAGAGGCUUUUCUUCCAAACGCCAUUGCUAAUUUGAUCUUCGGCGGUAACUUCUUAAAAGAUUCUGCAAAUACCGCUCUGUGCUUUUUUGCAAACAGACUGUUUGCAUUGCAGGAUACGAUGCCACCAUGGGAAUUGAAUCAAAUAACGCUUGAGACAACAGGCCCUUGUGACUUUGACGGAUCCUUACCGUUUUUCGUCCCAUUUACGGCGCACCCAAAGGUCGCGCCUGGGACCGGACAUCUUUUGUUUUUCGGGUUCAAUCCUGUUUACCCUCCCCACUGUACGAUAGGUUCCGUGAGCCCUGACGGAGUCGUUGGCCCUCUCAAACCACUCUGGCACAAUGCAGCUCAUGGAGCAACAUUCAUGCAUGACUUCUGUCUAACGGAGCAUUACACGAUCCUGUUCGAAGGGUCGAUGAAUAUUCGACCUUUGCGGAUGCUAAAAGGAGUGCACCCGCUUCAAUACGACAGGUCUCAGCUGGCACGAUUUGGGCUCAUUCGACGAGACAAAAAUGCGAACAUGAGUGAAGUCGUCUGGUGCAAAUGUACUGAAGCUGAAAUGGUUUAUCAUUUCGUGAAUGCAUGGGAAGACUCUCAUACGGGGGAAAUUGUGGUGAUCGGUGUUAGGGAGGAUGGGUUUUUCCAUGGAGCCCUGGCAGCUACUGGCACGCGGGAAUGGAUCACUAAAACACUUGACCAAGGCACGUCAGUGCCUCGUAUGCACGAAUGGCGCAUCGACCCUUCGCGAGGAGAAGUGGUAUCCGAACGAUGGCUAUUCGAUGACAUCGUUGAGGUUCCACGCAUCAACGACAGCUUCACCGGUGUUCAGAACCAAUAUGCCUAUGCAGGCCGCAUACACACUGCGUCCCUAUCACAAGAAGCUCAGCUGAAAUUUGAUGCUGUUAUAAAGUAUGACAUGAACACUGGGAUGAAACAAGUAUAUGAACAUGGAAGUGGGCGUUAUGGUAUGGAGGCACAAUUUGUUCCAAGGUCUUCAUCGGUCCCUGAUAAAGAUGAGAGUACGCAACAUGGCGAGUCAUCAUCCGAGGAUGAUGGGUGGCUGGUCUUAUUUGUGCAUGAUGAAGGUGAUGCAAACAUGUCUGCAGCAGAGGGCUGUUCGGAGUGCAUCAUACUUGAUGCAAAGAGAAUACAGGAAGGUCCUAUUGCUCGAAUAAUGCUACCAACUCGUGUGCCGUACGGUGCACAUGCGAUGUGGUGUCCGUUGGCAGAUGAUAGCGAUCACCAUCCCGCGUCCAGCAAACACGAAUCCAUGCUUUCAAUGAUACCUCCGGAGCCUCGUGCAUUUGCGAUUUCCGAAGGACAACACAGAGCCCUUCUAGGGGCUGUAAUGACUGGAGUUCUUCGUGCUGCAUCAGGACUGUUUGUGAAUGGUUGGCGCCCUUGGAUCGCAAUAGACGAUCGCGAGCAGUAUGCCUUCAUUCGAAUGUUUGGUUUUCGUCUCGAUGAGUUGAAUUCGCUUGGGAUGUUUCGAAAGGAACAAAUAGAAACUGAAAGCAAGUCCGGGCAUAUUUUUGGGGACAUUUUUGCCCUCCCUGCUGGAAUCGCGAUUGAAAGCGCAUUGCCAUCACUGACGCUCUUCGAAUUGGAGGGUUGCGGUGACUGUCGACUUGUGCGAGAGACACUUUCUAUGCUUGAUAUUGCUUGCACGCACAGGCCUUGCCCACACGGCGCCGUUCGCAAUCGGCUUGCAGCAGCAGCUGCCCAGACCCAAACUUUGGGGAAACGCCUGGACGAGUAUAUUUAUCCGGAGGAUGCAAAGCUCCCUUAUCUUGAAGAUGAACGUACUGGUGUUCGGAUUGCAGGUGCUGAUCAAAUAAUUGAGUAUCUUUAUUCAGAAUAUCUAGACGGUGCUGCUCCACCCCCGAUGCUCUCUUCUGGGAAACUAGCAGCGAUGUUUGCCCAGAUUGCAGUUGAUGCGCGGGGGUCUGCUAAAGGUUCCGAUGAGAUAUCUCCGUUUCGACGCGGCCCGUCAGGCGCUUUCUAUUCCAGACCUGCGCGUACACCUGAGAAGCCACUUCAGCUGUGGGCAUACGAGGCAUCGCCCUUUUGUGCACUUGUUCGGGAAACUUUGAGCGAACUCGAGCUCUCAUAUGUUCUACAACCAUGCGCAAGGGGAAGCCCUCGCAGGACCCACCUAAUGAGCAGGACAGGAGGCACGUUUCAAGUUCCAUUCCUUGAAGACCCGAACACAGGCGUCGCAAUUUUUGAGAGCUCCGCGAUAAUCAACUAUCUCAGGUCUAGAUACUUGCAACUCUAA